UUUUUAUCUUAUCAAUGGUUUGUAAGUGUAUCGCUCUUGACCAUACAUAAAGAAAUUCUAACAGUAGAUUUGUUCUGAAUGACCUGAAUAAUAUGAAUAAAUAGACUAAUAACAGUAGCGUGAAAUAUUCAAUUCUUAACAUUUUUCAGACUGAGCUGAAUGUUUACAAUGCAAAAAUUAUUGGUUUUACUGAUUUGUAUAAAUGCGGCAUUUGCCUUGGAUAAAGCUUGUCCAUUCAAACCAACGGAUCUCAUCUUCGUCCUUGACGGCUCUGGCAGCGAGGGUCAGGACAACUUUAACAAACAACUGGCAUUCGUUUCAAACUUUACCAAUCAAUUCAAAAUUGGACAGAACACAACUCGCGUUGCUUUGGUGACUUUCGCUACUGACGUCACGAAUGAGUUCUACUUGGGCAGAUAUAAUGCCAAUAGCAGUGUUAUCCAUGCAAUCCAGCAAGCGCAGUAUCCUAAUGGGGAGACAAACACGCAUUUAGCACUCGAUCAUGUGCGUUUACAAAGUUUGUCCCCACACAAUGGCGCAGAAAGAAACGUUUCAAAGGUCGUAUUUGUUCUAACGGACGGACAUUCCAAUGAGCCUGAUGCAACAAGAAGGGCGUCAUUUGAACUAAAGAAAGAUCCACAAGUCACGGUGGUUGCUAUUGGCAUUGGAAGUGGUGUCGGAGACAAGGAACUUCGUGAAAUCGCUAGCGAUGCCAAUCACACAUUCCGGGUCACUGACUUCGACGCUUUAAAUCCAAUUAAAGCAGAGCUUACUAAGACAACCUGCGACACUUGCAGCCAUUUGUCAGACAUUUGCUUCGUCCUGGAUUCAUCGGGAUCAGAGGGUUCCGCGCACUUUCAUCAACAACUAGAAUUUGUGAAGAUGGUGGUCAACGAAUUUUCCAUGGCUGAAACUUCGAAUGCAAACAUAUGUGUGGUGACGUUUUCCACAACGUCGCAAUGUGAAAUUCAAUUAACUUCGUACAACAACAAAACAGCACUUCUUGAAAACAUUCUCAAUGUACCAUACAGGGAUGGUGAAACAAUGACGCACUUAGGAAUUAAAGAAAGUAUUGCACAACUUACCGGUUAUAAUGCUCGAAAUAAUGCCAAUAAAGUCAUGAUCAUCUUAACUGACGGUCGAUCAACAGAACAAGCGUUGACACGUCUUGCUGCACAACAAGCACACAGAGCUGGAAUAGACGUGUUUUCUAUCGGGAUCGGUUCUUCCGUUGACCGAAACGAACUUGCCUACAUAGCAACAGACUGGCAUCACGUGUUCGCAGUUGACAAAUUUCACGAUCUUCCGUCCAUUCACCAAGAUGUGGUAGACCAAAUAUGUGCAAAGGGCUUGAUUUCAACGACUACAACUUUGCCACCCACCCACACAAAAGACACGUGUGCUGCCCACCUGCACUGUCAAAAUGGCGGACACUGCCAUGGACAACCAGCCGCAUACAAAUGCGUAUGUCCAGCUGGCUUUAAUGGGACUUACUGCGAAAACAACGUGUGUAGCCUAAAUCCAUGCGGCCCAAAUGGCACAUGUCAACCCACGACCACGGAUGCCCGGUACAGCUGCAAGUGUCAACCCGGGUAUUUUGGCACGUCUCCACCGGAUCACCAUAACCAUUUGUUGAGUUGCCAAUACUAUGCAUGUGACAUAGACCGUUGUGCGCCGCACGGUCGCUGCUUGCCCUUCGCAUUCUACCCAUACUACUACUGCGAGUGUGAUGCGGGCUAUUAUGGUGACUCCUAUCAAUUAACUCAUCGUAUGCACGAUUGUAAAAAUGACGCCUGCAUGUAUAAGCAUUGCCACAACAUGGGCGAGUGCAUACGGACGAAAACGUUCCCCUUCUACCGUUGCCAUUGCAUUGAAGGUUUCAAGGGGACGGAAUGUCAGGAGCAGAUCAACACCACCCACACUACGCAUGCGCCGCACAUCACCCACACUACGCAUGCGCCGCACACCACCCACACCCCGCAUGCGCAAGGAAACACUACGGCGAUUCCUGUGACACAAGCGACUACCAAGCAUUCCACGGUCAGUCACGUGACGCAUGAAACAACACCAGCAACUGCAACUACAACACUGACAACGAAAGCAACAACAACAGCAGCAACUACACAAGCGCACACUACCCAAACCACGCAUGCGCACGGGAACGCUACGGCGCUUCCUGUGAUACAAACAACUGCGCAUCAUUUCACGUCCAGUCACGUGACGACGAAAAAACAGCGGCAACUGCAGCAACAACAGCGACAACACAAGUAACUGAAUCAACAACAACCUUCUUUGCAACCACAACACUUCUUACUGAAGCAGCAUCAACUGCAGCUACGACAGCAACAGCAGCGACGACACAUGUAACAGAAGCACCAACAACAGCAACAACAACACAAAUAGCUGAAGC